AUGAGUAGCAGAGGGUUUUUGAGAGGAGCUUCGUUAACUGCAAAUGCAGUGUGGCAUCGAAGAAGUUUUUUCCCAGCAGUAACGGUUAGCGUCCACCACCGGAAGUUGUUCAAGUUUCAGAGCUUCUCUUCAACCACCACUUGUUCCUCUCUUCCACCUCCGGAUUUGCCUCGUUUGGCAAAAACUGCUCAAAUUUCACUUACCCCAACUGAGGUUGAAGAAAUUGCCCCCAAAAUUCAACAAGUUAUAGACUGGUUUGGACAACUACAGGGAGUUGAUCUUGAAAACGUUGAACCCUCCAUCAGAGCAGAAACUGAAAACAAUUUGCGUGAUAAUGCUCCUGAAACAUUUGACAAUAGGGACGCCAUGAUCGCUUCUGUGCCGAGCUAUGAAGAGCCUUAUAUUAAAGUUCCGAGGGUCUUAAGCAUGGACUAAAGUUAAAAUUGCUUACAUGAGUUAUUUGGUAUAAGGAAGAACACAUUAAAAUUGCUUUUGCUGUACUUUGAAUCUCUUGGUUUCUUAUUUGACCCAACUCUUCUUUUGGAUUUUUUGAGGGAAUUUAGUUCGGCUUGUGAACUCUGCACCUGCACUGAGUUUAAGUCAUAGUCAUGUGACUACAAUAAAUAUACCCAUCCAUACCUA